AAUUGAGUACAAGUUGUUCUGAGGUACAAGUCGAGCCAAAAUCUUUAAAAAUGUCAAAUACGAUUGACACGACACGAUUGACAUAAUUAUUAUUCCCUUGGCUGGCGCCCGUGUUUGUUUCGUGUGAAAUGGGAAAUGGUAAACAAUAAAACGUAGUUAUUUAUAUUCUUUUUAGUAAAUAAGGUUUCUAUUUUCAUAUUACAAUGGAUAUUUUAAAAGCUGAAAUUGCUAGAAAGCGCAAACUAUUAGAGGAGAAGAAUAUUUUGGACAAUAACAAGAAAUAUUUUAAGAGAGGAGAGUUGUUGGAAAAGGAAAAGGAAGAAUACCUAAAAAAAUAUGGCCCACAGAGCAAGGAACCAGAGCACAAUAAAGAAGCCGAAGAUAAAAAGGAGAAAGCAAACAAACAAGAUACAAAUGAAACAGAACAGAAAGAAAGUGUAGCAUUACCUAGAGCAGAGGUCAUAAAGAGACUGCGAGAGAGAGGACACCCCAUCCUGCUAUAUGGAGAGAGUGAAGUACAAGCCUUCAAACGGUUGAGGAGGAUAGAGAUCCAGGAACCAGAAGCUAAUAGGGGUCUCAGAAAUGAUUUCCAAGAAGCUAUGGAGAAAGUCGACCAGGCUUAUCUGAAUGAAAUAUUAGAAUUGGGCACACAGAAUGACAGCGAAAAAUCAUUGAAGGAAGAUGCAUUAGACGAUUCUAUAACAUAUGAGUUCAUCCAAGAAAUGGCCAAGACUAUGGGACAAGGAGACAGAAACCAUGACAUGAAUGUUAUCAUGACUUUAUUACAGUUUCUUCUUAAAAUGUGGGGAGCUCAACUAAACUCCGCGACAGCAGCAGAGAAGACCACAGUUAAACACAAGAUGGCACGAGCCACAUACACACAAACACAAGUGUACUUGAAGCCUUUGACAAGGAAGCUAAAGAAGAAGACCCUGCCUGAAGACAUCUGCGACAGUCUUAUGGAGAUUACCAAACAUUUGCUGGAGAGGAAUUAUAUUAUGGCGAGUGACGCGUACCUGCAGAUGGCCAUCGGAAACGCUCCCUGGCCUAUCGGAGUGACUAUGGUCGGAAUUCACGCCCGUACUGGUCGAGAGAAGAUCUUCUCAAAGAAUGUUGCCCACGUCAUGAACGAUGAGACACAGAGAAAGUACAUUCAGGCACUCAAGAGACUCAUGACGAAAUGCCAGGAAUACUUUCCCACUGACCCCUCAAGAUGUGUAGAGUAUAUCUUAAAAAGUAAAUUAAACGCCCAAAGGUUAAAAAAUUUACAAAGAAUAAAAUCGAAGAAGAAAAAAAUAUCUGAAAUGAAUUGUUGUAGUUUUCUGAAACUAUUCGAAACAUACCCAGAUAUUGGUGAUAAAGUAUUAUGCAGCCCCAUACAAAGUUUACCAGCUUGUAACAGAGACAUAAUAAAAGCACAGCAAAAUAUACUAGAACAAGAUGAACAUAAGAGUUUAUUAGCGAAAUUGGAAUACCAUUUCCUGAAGAGAAAUGUCCAUGCAAGGUUUUUUGGUUUGCCAGUCUGCCCUGAACUCCAUAGAACUAUUUUCCCUAAGAAUGUGGACUUGGGAUGUUUUCUGAAAGUAACAGGGACUGUAGUGAGAGUGACGCAGUCCAAAAUGCUGGAAUAUCAGAGAAAGUAUGUCUGUGUAAAAUGUAAAUACGAGAACUGCAUAGAGGCUGACUUUGAGAACCGGUACAUUCUGAAAGCUCCCUCCAAGUGUGGUAAUGAUGAGAGCAGAUGCAAGUCUUCUACAUUCACUCAAGUGAACUUGGUGUCCAGAGAACAUUGCAAGGAUUACCAGGAGAUUAAGAUACAGGAGCAAGUGAAUAAAUUGAAUAUUGGCACAAUCCCUGGUUCCAUGUGGGUUGUUCUGGAAGAUGAUUUGGUGGACAGCUGUAAGCCUGGUGAUGAUGUGAACAUCUGUGGCACUGUCCGACGUCGCUGGCGACCCUCUGUUCAGACCAAGAAAUCAGAAGUAGAACUAGUGUUACAAGCAAACUACCUAGAAGUGUGCAAUGCUCAGCGAUCAGAGGUCAUUGCUACUGCUCCGGACAUCAAGAACUGCUUCGAUGAGUAUUGGGAGAAGUUCCAGCAGUGUCCCCUGAAGGGACGGGACCAGAUACUGCAAGCUGUUUGUCCACAGGUAUAUGGCCUUCACCUUGUGAAACUAGCAGUUCUGCUGACAGUCAUAACAGGCUCGGAUCACGCAGCAGAGAGUGAGGCUGAGAAGAAGUGUUCACAAGAUGACAAACAUACGACACGCGUUCGCGGACAGUGUCACUUGCUCUUAGUUGGAGAUCCAGGUACAGGCAAGUCGCAGCUACUUCGCGCGGGUGUGGCGUUAAGUGCGCGCUCUGUCUUCACAUCGGGGGCGGGCAGCACACGCGCUGGAUUAACAUGUGCUGCACUCAGAGAGGAAGGCGAAUGGCAGCUGGAAGCCGGCGCCCUGGUGUUAUCGGACGGUGGCGUGUGUUGUAUCGACGAGAUAGGUCAACUGCGCGAGCACGACCGCACUGCUAUACACGAGGCCAUGGAGCAGCAGACCAUCUCCAUUGCUAAGGCAGGUAUAGUGUGUAAGUUGAACACGCGGUGCGCGGUAAUCGCCGCGUGCAACCCUAAAGGCCGCUACGAGACCGACCAGCCACUCAGCGCCAACGUGUCGCUCGGGACGCCGCUGUUAAGUAGAUUUGACUUGAUCUUUAUUCUACUGGAUUCAAAAAAUAAGACGUGGGAUAAACUCGUGUCCUCGUACAUCUUGUUUGGCGAUUCUAAUUCUACCGAAUCGAAGAAACAGUGGACCAUUGAAAAAUUACAGAUGUACAUAGGUCUAGUUGGGCCGCGCUGUACCGAGAUAACCAAGUCGGCAAACAUCAUCCUACAGUCAUACUACAUGUUGCAACGCAAGUCUGAGUACAGGGACCCUUCGCGCACUACUGUUAGGAUGUUGGACAGUCUAGUCAGGUUAUCUCAAGCACACUGCCGACUAAUGUAUCGCACAACUAUCCUGCCAAUGGAUGCUAUAAUUGCAGUCUCGCUGGUCGAUUUGUCCAUGCAGGAUUGUACUCUUAAUGACACAGUUGAUGCACUACACUCUACAUUCCAAAAGUAUCCAGACUUCGACUACCUCUGUACCGCUAAGAAAGUUCUGACUAGGCUGAAAUUAUACGAAAUAUGGCAACAAGAGUUAUUAUAUUACGGGAAAUUACUACAAGUUGAUCAUAAAACUUUAGAAGCCGAUGUUGAUAGAGGUAACACAAAUGUAUUUACAAAGUUUGAUGAUGUCUCUGAUGACAACAUUCCUUUAUCAGCAUCUCUGAUUACGAGCUCUUAUUUCAAUAAUAAAAAGAACACUAAGCAUAAUGAUGAUUUUGAUAUCAAUCAUGAUGAAAAUUUAAGGGAUGAAAACACAAAACCUGUAAAUGUGGUAGGUGAUAAGCUGGUCGCAACAUUGAAAAAACAUGCCACACUUAAUAAGGCAGAGAAGAAACCGCCAAUAGUUCAAAGAAAACAUUCAGCUAAAAGGAAAAGAAAAGAAGUCACUAUAGAGACUAGCUUUACAAAGAAACCUAAACACAAAAAAACUAGGACUAAAGAUACAAGUAAAGAAGAUAAUAUGACCGACAGUGAUGAUGAUAAUAUUGAAAAUAUUACUUCAAAUAUGCUCAAUGCCAUACCAAGUGUUAAUGACUUUUUUGCAGAAUUAGAUAUUGAUUUAAAAUAUAACAGUGGUCAAAAUGAUAUGAACAAUGAAAAUGUAUUUACUUCAACACAGAAAGUAAAAGCAUCAAAUAGUAAAGAAAAUGGUCUUAAAGAGAAUAGAACAGAAUUAAAUGAAAAUAAACAAGAUUUUAUAAAUCAUGUUAUGAAGGAAGAGCCUAAUGCAAGUAUAAAUUCUGAUGAAAGUUUAAAUAUAUCUACUGAUAGUGCAAGAUUAAAAACAAUCAGUAAAUUAAAACAGUUUCAGUUUGUACAAAAUCAUGAUUUGAGUAAAUAUGAAGAGAGAAUAGAACAAUCAAAAGCAGAGAAAGAUGCUACAAAUGUGUCAAUUUUAGAAAAUGUAAAAGAUAGUUCAAAUAAUUCAUCUAUGAAUAGAAAAUCUGUGCCAAGUUCUCAGAUAUCUAUAUUUGAAAGUUCUGAUUGUGAUAUAGACUUAGAUAUAUAAAUUGUUAUACAUAUAUUAACACUACCAGUGAAGAAGUAAAUCAUGUUUCUAUCAUUAAAAAAGAUGAUAAAUUAAACAAAUUAUGUUGUU